GCGUGUGCCUGUCAAAGAAAUCAAGUUUACUUUUUCUGACUUGUUAACAGAGGCAGGGUAUAAAUAGAGCUAACUCUGCGCAGACUAUGAGCAUUUCUCUUAAAAUAAGGGGGUAACUUCCUAGGACCUUGAAUCCAAUGAGGUCCAGACCAAACUGCACUCUCAACAGAGGCAGCAAAGGAGCUCGCUGAAGUUUUUACAGAAGUCAGGUGCGUUUGGGUUCCUCGCGAAUUUAAGGCUUACCGAAAAACAAACCAAAACAAGCAAGCCCAAGCAAACAAGAACUACCUCCAGCUCGGUCACUGCCAUCGCCCUGGAGAGGUUCUGAGAUGUUGUUGGUGCUGCUCGCUCGGUGGAUGUGGAUCUUGCUGGGGAAGAGCAGUGUCCUCUUGCUUCUGGAGGUCUCUCUGAAGGGGAGAGCUCUACCUCCGAUCCGCUAUUCCCACGCCGGGAUAUGCCCCAAUGACAUGAACCCCAACCUGUGGGUAGACGCGCAGAGCACUUGCAAGAGGGAGUGCGAAGCCGAUCUGGAGUGCGAGACCUUUGAGAAGUGCUGCCCUAAUGUCUGUGGAACGAAGAGUUGCGUGGCGGCUCGAUACAUGGACGUCAAGGGGAAAAAAGGGCCGGUGGGAAUGCCCAAAGAGGCAACCUGCGACCGCUUCAUGUGCAUCCAGCAAGGCUCAGAGUGCGACAUCUGGGACGGGCAACCUGUCUGCAAGUGCAAGGACAGGUGUGAGAAGGAGCCGAGCUUCACCUGUGCCUCCGACGGGCUCACCUACUACAACAAGUGCUACAUGGAUGCAGAAGCUUGCAUCAAAGGCAUUACACUGAACGUAGUCACCUGUAGGUACCAUCUCACCUGGCCAAACACCAGCCCUAUCCCACCAGAAACAACAGCUCGCCCUACUACUGCCUAUUCUGAGACAACGGUCAUUGAUAUCUUGCCGCCUGCUCUAGUGAACAACCCUGUCCAUCAGUCCGUCUACGUGGGAGAGACCGUCAGCUUCCUCUGUGAUGUUACAGGGAGACCCAAGCCAGAAAUCACAUGGGAGAAGCAGGUCGAUGGGAAAGACAAAGUGAUUAUGAAGCCAAAUCACGUCAGAGGGAACGUUGUGGUCACCAACAUCGCCCAGCUGGUCAUCUACAACACCCAGCUCCAAGAUGCAGGCAUCUACACCUGCACCGCCAAAAACAGCGGUGGCCUGCUCAGGGCUGAUUUCCCUUUGUCAGUCAUCAAAGGAGAACCCACAUCCAAAGAAGCUUCCCAAAAUAAAACACAUUUUCCAACCGAUGAGUGCCUGAAGCAACCAGACAGCGAAGACUGCGGGGAAGAGCAGACCAGGUGGUACUAUGAUGCAAAGAAAAACAACUGCUUUACUUUCAUCUAUGGGAACUGUAACAGCAACCUCAACCACUUUGAGACCUACGAGAACUGUAUGUUAACGUGCAUGAACGGCCCAAUCAACAUUUGCAAUCUGCCAGCCCUGCAAGGUCACUGCAAAGCCUAUGAGCCCAGAUGGGCCUAUAACAGCUUGACAAAGCAGUGCCAGUCCUUCAUCUAUGGCGGGUGCGGCGGCAACGAGAACAACUUUGAGAGCCGGGAGGCCUGCGAAGAGAUGUGCCCCUUCCCGAAGAACACGCACUGCAAAGCUUGCAAACCACGCCAGAAGCUGGUGACAAGCUUCUGCAAAAGCGACUUUGUUAUCCUGGGCCGUAUAACAGAGCUGACCGAAGACCAAGACUCGGGACAUGCCCUGGUGACAGUGGAGGAGAUUCUCAAAGAUGAAAAAAUGGGAUUAAAAUUCCUGGGGAAGGAACCACUAGAAAUCACGCUUUUGAACAUGGACUGGAGCUGCCCAUGUCCCAACAUGACCACGGUGGAUGGCCAGCUCAUCAUCAUGGGAGAUGUCCACAACGGCAUGGCUGUCCUACAGCCAGACAGCUUUGUGGGGUCCUCCAGCAUCCGACGUGUGCGGAAGCUCCGCGAAGUCAUCCACAAGAAAACCUGUGAGCUCUUGAAAGAGUUCCUAGGAUUGCAUUAACCUCCCUCGCACGUGUCAGCCUUCCAGACCCGUGUGUUACGUAGGGCUAACCAGCGCUAGGCUAGUGCACGAACUAAACCAGCUGUUUGAAGAUACGCCGUAGGAAUUAUGCAGAACCCUUAUUUUAAUCCAUUAAUGAUGCUUAGCAACAAUGUAGUGUGGUCUUUGGCAAGCACGUAAAACAGCAGCAGAAGGCUAUUAAUCUCGCAUUGAAAUCGAUUCGUCCGUAUAGCAGUGCCAUUUAACUAGAUGACUCACUGCAGUAAUUAUACAAUUUUUAUGUAGCUUCCAUCAUAAGUGACGGAAUUCGUAGCAUUUGUUUAGCUAAUUGGUACACAGCUAAGUAAUAUAUAAUGUCAACUUAAUCCCUCUCAUUUACAGUAUGGAAAUGUUAUGGUAAGUCAUUCUAAGUAAGUCACACUCUUGUCUCCUCAUAGCAGCACUAAUAUUUCAAGAGAAAAGCCUGUAAAUUAUUGUCUAUUUUACAACAGUGCACAUUUA